AUGGGAGCACGUUUGUCGUUAUUGGCGCCUUCGGCUCCCACCGUCGCCAUAUCUUCGUACAUAGAUGUUCUAGGAGACUGGCGCUAUGUGGAUAUGGUCAAUAAUUCUCGUUUUCUCAAGACUAUCAGGGCAAUUGACAUCGCCACUGGCCAAUUGGUGGUCAUCAAGGUGUUCAUAAAACCAUCCUUAACUACGUCAAAUUACAAUAUCAACCUCGGAAAGAUCUCCGAAUUGACUGCUAAAGAAGCUUCCUUGCUAGCUGGAGCCCACAAUGUUCUUCCUUGGCACAAAAUAAUUGAGACUGAUCGUGCUGGUUACUUGAUACGACAGUUUAUGAAGACGAAUUUAUACGAUAGAUUGUCAAUUCGACCUUUUUUGGAGCCGAUAGAAAAGCUCUUCAUCACAUUUCAGUUGCUUAGGGCCGUCCACUAUUUACAUGAUACUCUUCACCUUCAUCAUGGAGAUAUCAAGUUGGAAAAUGUGCUUGUAUCGUCUUGCAAUUGGAUAGCACUUUCGGACUUUUCCGGCAACAUAAAACCAACCUUCAUUCCUGAGGAUAACCCAAACCAAUUUUCGUUCUAUUUUGAUACCAAUGGACGCAGAGUAUGUUACUUGGCUCCGGAAAGAUUCUACGCUCUGAGCAAUCACAAAAAAGUGUCCAAUAUCAAUGAUGAAGGAGAGUAUUGCGGCAAGGAUAUGGUAACCGAUGCAAUGGACCUUUUUGCAUUGGGGUGUCUGAUUGCCGAGUUGUAUAAUGAUGGCGAACCAACAUUUACUCUAUCGCAAAUGUUCCAGUAUUUGAAGAAUUCUUAUCGACCGAAUUUUUCUGGCCUCUCCGAUCCACUGGUGAGAAAGAUUGUUAGCAAUCUAGUGGACAAGGAGCCUGAAAAUAGACCUCUGGCCUAUUCAAUAUUACAAGAUAACCGAGCUUCGGGGUUUCCCUCUUACUUUUACGACUUCCUUUACGACUUUAUGGCUCGCAUGAACUUGAACAAUCACAAAGAUUAUAAGCCCAACGACAACGUCACCAUCAGCGACUUGAAGAUUACUGAAAUCUACGAUAACUUUGAAAAAAUAACGUCGUCGUUGGCGUUCAACUAUGACGAAAAACCUUACGAUUACCACCCAUCAAACGACAUGGCGCCACUACGUCUUUCUCUUCCUGGUGUACCCCAAAACUACAAAAUUAAACCUAGCAGCGCCAUUGAUACUCCCGACCAUGGUGCCAUUAUUAUUCUCAAGUUGGUGUUUUCGUUGAUGAGAACCUUGAAGCAACCAGAAUCCAAAUUAAAGGCGUGUGAAAUUGUCGUGGCUCUUUCCGAGCGAGUCAGCGAUGAGUGUAAGCUUGACUGCUCAAUCCCAUACCUUUGCAGUUUCAUCGACGAAUUCAUCGAUCGAGUAAAUUCAACUUCUUCUCAACGUAUCGAGGAAGCCGUUCCCAAAUCGAACAUCGAUAACUUUGCCGCUAAAGUAGUAUGCAAAACGCUUGUCUCGAUCACAACAAUAUUACAGUCGUGUUCGGCGAUUCCCCCCAUAGAUUUGCACAUGUUUCCAGAAUACUUGUUGCCAAAGCUUUCUAGCUUGCUCAGCUCCAGCAAUUCGAAGCUGGAACAUUGUCUCAUUCGGAUCACAUUAGCUUCAUGUUUGCCGAUCCUAGCAAGCACAUCGAGAAAGUUCUGGAUGAUGGCCAAGAACUUCAAAAGCAACUCGAUGAAAAAGACUAGCCAAUACUUUCCUGCCGAAGCUCAAAUGAAUAAUAAUCUAGUGUUUCCAAAAUCUCAACUAGACAACGAUUUCGAAGCAUUGGCGUUGCAGCUCCUAACCGAUUCAUCUGCCCAUGUCAAGAUUGCCUUUGUCCGCAGCAUCUUUCCAAUGUGCCAGUUCUUUGGAGCUGCCAAAUCCAACGAUAUUAUACUACCGCACUUGAUAACCUUCCUCAAUGAUCCUAGCGAAGAUUUACGUUUGGCUUUUCUAGGGUCCAUUUUAGAAGUGGGUCCGUUCUUGGGAGUUAUUACGUUUCAUCAGUACUUGCUACCACUUCUUGUUCAAACUUUGGGAGACUCUGAGCAAUUGGUGGUGAUCAAAGUACUAGAAAUCUUUUCGAAGUUUGUCAGAGCCAGAGUUGUCAAUCCAAAAGCCGAUUUCAACUCUCUUUCGAUAUACAAGGAGAUGCUCACCAGCUCGAUAAUCUUGUUACUUCAUCCCAAUGAGUGGAUUCGACAAUCGGUCUUGUCGUUAGUACUUGCAAUCAGCGAUAACCUACUGUAUGCCGACAGGUAUACUUUUUUGUACCCAAUUAUCAAAGAAUAUCUUUCGUUUGAUCUAGCAGAAAUUUCCUGGGAUACCCUAUACCCUUGCCUCGUGAAACCACUUAGCAAACAAGUGUUUGAUUUGAUCAUUACAUGGUCGUUAAAUGCUACUGCCAAAUCUUUAUUCUGGCAGCAACGAACUUUUUCACAAUUGACCGGCGCUUAUGGUAAUAGGAUAUCAAAGACAAGUAUACCUUUUGUCAAACCCUCAUCAAAAUCAGUUUAUGUUCCCAAGUCUGGACACGACGAUCCUAUGGCGAUCAGAAACUCCCUUCCGUUAUCAGCAGAAGAUAAGCAGUGGCUACUCAAGCUCAAGGCGACUGGACUCGACGAGCGAGAUUCAUGGAAGGUUCUUGCUGUGCGAGAAUAUGUCUAUCAUGUUAGCCGCUUCAACUAUUCCACAUCGAAUAGAAAACAGUACGACUACAGUAAGGUGAACAUCACCCCACACAAUGUCUUCUUUGAGGUGUGUUACAAAACCGAGCAAGUAGCUGAAAGCAACCGAAUGGAAACCAGAAGUGACUCUUUCGACAUGGACAUGAAUGGGAAAAAACUAAAGGAUCUGGCUCGACGGGACUCGAAUUCUUUGAUUCUCCCCAACUUCAAGACGGUUAAAGCGUCGUUAGAAACCGUUCAGGCCAACGUUUACGGAGAGAUUGAAGUAGGCGGUGAUUCGAAGAGUGCUGGCCACCACCAUCACCUACACUCGACCAAGGAAACGACUAGCAGUCACCAUGUCUUAAAUAUUAACAAGCAGAAGAUUAUCACGGCCAAUGUCAAGCACAGUUAUAACGGUCAGAACCCCAACGUUUUGAAGUUUUUGAACGGAGUUGAAAUCACUCCCACCAUGAACAGCUUUCCUGAAUUUGGCAAGGUUGUUAAGAAAUCCGCCGAAACCAUCAGCGACGAAGACUGGGACUUCGGUGGACUACUUUUGUCACAUAUAAACUCACAGUCCAGCUUGGGCUCAAUCGAUGCUAUCCGGUGCUUGGAAGUGAGUCCUAGGUCUGAUUUUUUCGUCACCGGCAGCGACUCUGGUUUGCUAAGAGUCUGGGAUACAUCAAAACUCGAGAAGGAGGUUUCGGUUCGAAGCUCGUCACUUUUGACCAAAAUCGGCUCGCUGAUAACUUCAAUCAAGUUUUUACCCAAUCGCAACGUCAUAGCCGUUUCCACGAUAGAUGGGCGAGUUUUAAUCUUUCGAAUUGAGGUUGUUCGUGGUAACAAGAAGGCUAUCAGGUACCACGGGUUGAAGCAGAUCCGAAGCUAUGAGCUCGACUUGACCGCCGAUGGGUAUGUUACACAACUAGAGAUUGGAAAUGGCGAAGGAGAUCUUCUCAUUGCUUCGACUACAAUGGCCAAAUUCAUUGGGUUUGAUGUGAUCAAAAUGGAAAAGCAGUACGAACUACAAAGCAAGUUGAAAUAUGGAGCCAUCAAUACGUUCUUAGUUGGCUCGGAUCAUUCGUGGCUCAUUUGUGGAACAAGUAUGGGUAUACUCAGUCUAUGGGAUCUUCGGUUUCACAUUGAAGUUCGAACCUGGCGACUUGACAUGGAUUUCGAUAUUGACGAGAGCAGUGAGCUCGGAACGAGGUUUCCCAUCAAAAUCUUACUGGCACUUACCGAUUACGGGAGAGAUGGUGAGGAAUACUUUGCCAUGGUUGCGGGAGAUCAAGAGUCGGAUUUCUCCAUUUGGCAGGUUCCCAAAUUCGAGUGUCGACAGAUAUACAGCUCGUACGUGGCAUACCCGCAGAUAAAGUCUUACCAGUUGAUUCCUAUGGACAAGCCCAAGAAAGAAAUCAGAAUCGAGCAGUUGGUUCAGGAUGUGAUGAACUUCACCACAGAAACUGUGGUAAGAAGUAUGACAGCUCUCAAGCAUGUCAAACAUGGGCGUUCACACUACAUGAUUACCAGCACCCAGGGCGGUGAGAUAGUGGUUUGGAACCUCGGAGAUCCUACCAAAUCAAAAGCCAUAUCUACAAAUUCGACAUUUACGAGCACAAAGAUCAACUCCACGAUGCAAAUUAUCAAUGAAAAACGACAGGAUAAAGUGGUUGGUGAACACUUGAGUUACCACGACGAUAUAGUGACUGGUGCGGUUGCGACAAGAGAAGGUUUAGUAAUUACAGUGGACAGAAUGGGCCGUAUCAAUGCCUUCAAGUGA